GGAUUUAGAGGAUUAAGGUGAGUCAGGAUUGCAAAACCCCUGGCGGAUAGUCGACCCACCCUGCCAGAUUCAGUCGCGUGGAUUAAUGUUUUAGAAAAGGCAAACACCAGGACCAGGUUCAGUUUGGGACAUGGGUGAGACAGCUGGAAGAGAGCAUGGGACUGUUACAAGAUCAGCUGAGUACAUUGGCUCGUUUCCUGUGGAUGACAGUUGUUUGGAUGAUCAGAUUCAACAGCUGCACACUCAGCUGAAAUCUCUCAAGAACUGCAAGAGCAAGCGAACCGUGUCUUUGAGAUUUUCUGUCAAAGGAGUCAAAGUUUAUGAUGAAGAUGAGACGACUCUGCUCAUGGCUCAUGCGAUGUGUCGAGUCUCGCUGUCCACCGCCCGUCCAUCUGAUGCCCAGUUUGCCUUUGCCUCCCAUAAUCCUGGAAAUUCUGAUGCCCAGCUCUAUUGCCACCUCUUCAGAGCCAGACAUGCCCGUGCUGCCCAGUUCCUAAACCUGCUGCUCUGCCGCUGUUUUCAACUGUAUUUUCUGGAGAAGCACCCAGAGGAAGCUCAGGAGGAGUGUUCAGGGAAAAAGCCAAGUCGAGCUCCAUCGUUGCUGAACCAAGGGUUUCCCCUCAGUGUGAGCGCCUUGGUUUCUUUCCGCAGGGCCCCAACUCAAGGCCUGCUGCCAGGGGCUAAGUUGUUUUCACAGCAGAGCACCGAGCAAGUGAGCAGUCCUGAAGAGGGCCCUACUUCCUCUCCAACUAUAGUUCGUAAAAUGGCGAUCCGGACCAAAGAGCUGCGCUCUGGAGCUUAUCGCUCUUUUACAUUUACCCCCCUCAAACAGCGCCAUCUGCAGGACAAACUGAGUGCACCACAAGAAAAGGAACAAGCCACUGCAAAGGCAUGCAUGUCUCGAGCUCCCAGUUUGGCCGAAACAGAAGAAGCACUGGCUCAAGCUGUGUGGUGUUGGGCUGGCGUGUCUAGCGACUGUAGCUCCUCACUGCUGGCAGAUGAUGUUUUGGGUGCUUUCCUCCUCUGUCCUCAUCCCAAAAAGCCCAACCGUGGGUCUCUCAUCGUUCGUUUUUCCUCAGGACUUGUAACUUAUGCUAUUAAGAAUUCCAAAGGGAAGUUCCGGCUUGAGAAGUGCCACGCUGACUUUGAAAGCCUUGCCGCUUUGAUGGAGCACUACACAGAGUUCGGUGAUGAGCUGGAAUGUUCUCUGAGCUGCGCACGCGUCAACCACUGUUACGACUGGGAGGAGAUGGUGAAUAAGAGUUCACGUUCACUGCAGGACAACAAGAAAGGCACUUUUAAAAGCCGAAGUUGGGUUUGAAUCAUGUCUUUUUUAUAUAUCUAUAUAUAUAUAUAUAAUCAUUUUUAAACUAUUUUUAUGCUAUAUUUUAUUUAGUUUUAACUACUUUUGGAGCUGCUGAUUUUAAUAAGCUUCCUAAACAGCAGUAUCUCAGGUCACUGGCACAGUUUUUGAUAUAUUUAUUUAUACAUAUAUACUUUUUUUUUUUUAAUGAACACGUUUGUUUUUGCCUGUUGGCAGUAACCUCAACCCAAACUCUAAAACACUUACUAUUAUUGGUGUGUUUUGGGUUUUUUUUUGUUAGGUUUUUUUGGUUGAAAGUUCUUUUAUAGGGAAACAAGCACUAAUGUUUUUCAUGUGAGUGUGAUUUAAAUGUGUACUCAACAUUUGUAAAGAGUGCAUACUAUAUAUAUAUUUGUUUUACUAACCCUGUAUUAUGUCUUUAAAAUCAUGUUUUUGUAUGUUUAUAUUGCAUUAGGCUCUUUUUCUCUCUUGGUUUUAUGAUGGCAGUCGUUUAAGAGAGAAUAUUUAGUGAUAACUUCAAACCCUAAAUGCGUCCAUUACCAAGUUAUUAUCUUUUUUUUUUCUUGUACUACCUUAAUGUUUUUGUAUCUCUUGCACAUUGCGCCUCUCAAAUGCACACAGUUUCUAUUGUUAGCUUUGCACCAAUGUAAAUGAAGUGAAUUGCCUCCUUUACAUAAACUGAUUUUACACAUAA